AUGGCAGCGGCCCGGGCCCGGGGCGCGCUCCCCGCCUCGCCCGGGACGCUCCGGUACCGCCUAAGGCCGCCGGCCGCGCCUGCCCGCCGCCAUCGUGGAGGGGCGGAGCUCCGCGGCGGAAAUGGGCGGUGCCUGUGGCGGAAAUGGGCGCGGCCAGCGCGGCGGCGGCGGAGGCGGCGGCGGCAGCCCAUGCGGCCCCGGGCGCCGCUGACGGCGGUGACGGCGCGGGAGCUCUGCGAGAACGAUGACCUGGCCACGAGCCUCGUGCUGGACUCGGUGCUCGGCUUCCGCACGCACAAGAUGGGGGUCAGCCCCCUGCCCGCCCUGCGGCGCCGGGCCCAGCUGCGGGCGGCCAUCGAGGCCUUCCGGCAGCGCCGGGACCUGGAGGCGGCCUGGAGGACGCUGAGCGCAGCCUGGGCCCCGGCUUUCUUCCGCCAGCGGCGCCCGGUGCAGCGGGCAGCGCUCAAGAACCACGUGUUCCGGUACCUGCGGACGCUCCUGCCCGAGAGCGGCUUCAGCAUCCAGCGCUGCACCCGCUACAGCCGCGACACCAACGGCGCCAGGGUGGUGUCCACCCGCGCGUGGCGCAAGCACGAGACGCUGGAGCUGCUGGGGGGCUGCGGGGUGGAGCUGCGGGGCUCGGACCGGGCGCUGCUCCGGGCGGGCGACAACGACUUCAGCCUCAUGUACUCCACACGGCGCAGGAAAACCCAGCUCUGGCUGGGGCCCGCGGCCUUCAUCAACCACGAUUGCCAUCCCAACUGCAGGUUUGUGUCAGCCCCGGGCGGGGCGCGGGUGCAGGCGCUGCGGGACAUCCCACCCCGGGCAGAAAUCACCUGUUUCUACGGCGAUGGCUUCUUCGGCGAGGGCAACCGCGGCUGCGAGUGCCGCACCUGCGAGAGGCGCGGCGAGGGCGCGUUCCGUCGGCGCGGCAAAGCGGCCGAGCCCCCUCCUCAUCCUCCUCAUCUUCCUCCUCAUCCUCCUCUCCGGGACCCCCCCCCGAAAUACGAGCUGCGCGAGACGGACGUGAGGCUGCGCCGGGGGGCCGGGGGGGACCCCCAGAAACCUCCCCAGCGCCGCAAAAGCAAAAGCAAAAGCAAAAAGAAGCGGCUCCCCUCACGGAAAGGGCGGCGGCAGCGGCGGGCCGAGCCCCCCGCGCCCCCCGGCCCCCAGCCCCGCGUGGCCCUGCACGACUGCGUGUCCUGCGGGGGGGGCUGCCGCCUGCGCGGGGGGGUCCCGCUGGUGCUGCUGGGGACCCCCAAAAGCGGCCCCCCCAAAAGCGACCCCCCCAAAAGCGACCCCCCCAAAAGCGACCCCCGAGCCCCCGAGCCAGACCCCAAACUGUCGCUCUACGCCCACGACAUCCACCGCAAGCGGAUGGAGAAGGACCUGCUGGAGCUGCAGACCCUCAUCGACGCGCACUUCGAGCAGCGGCGCCGCGAGGAGGAGGAGCUGCAGGGGCUCAUGGAGAGAAUCGGACGCCCUGAAACCCCCAGACCCAAAUCGGGGGGGGAUCAGGAUCCCCCCUGA